UGUGUUUAUUAGUAUUUAGUGUAAAACCAUUUGGACUAGAAAAUUCGUUUGGACACGUUAAUAAUUUAAAUGAUGUGAUAUUAAAAUAAAAUGGCUUUAACUACAGUGAAAUUACUAGGCCUAUUUCAGUUUAUUGAAAUAUUCGCAUUUCAUACACAUGCCGAUUACACUUGGGCUAAUGGACUUAAAUCUAAUAAAGGCUAUACAGAAUGGUCUGGAGGAAUCGUUGCUAAUCAUCAUCGUUUAAAAACCGACCAAAGCCCAUACUUCAUCUUAAAUAAUGUUAUUAUUGAAGAUACUGGUCAGCUUAUUAUAGAUCCAGGAGUAAUACUUAAAUUUUCACCAAAAACUGGGAUCACAGUGAAAGGAUCAAUUAUUGCAAAUGGAGAUGCUCAUAACAAAAUUGUAAUGACAUCUAGUGCUAAUGUAGAAGACACAGAUGAUGGUUUAAGUCAGUCUUCUUCAAACAUAAGACUUGUAGAUGGUCCUAGUAUACUAGCUGGACGUUUACAGUUAUUUUAUAAAGGUGCUUGGAGAUCAGUCUGUACAUCAACACAAUGGAACAAUGCAGACCUCCAAACAACAUGUCGGCAUUUAGGCUUUCGCGGAGGUAAAUUUUUACGUUGGAUGGAACCUAAAGUAGAUAAGCUGCACACACGACUUCUGUUGUCUAAUUUACAAUGCCAAGGUAUUGAAAAUGAUUUAAAUAGCUGUAGCGGAUGGAAAAAUAAAAAAUUAGGAUCUGGUAGCUGUGAUCUUAAGCAAGAUAUUGCUAUUGAAUGUCAGCCAUAUUAUGAAAAUAGCUUUGUUGUAAAAAGUUAUUGGAAAGGUCUUAAAUUUGAAAAAGCCCAGUUCAAAAAAUCAUUAAUACAUCAUAAUACCUUAUAUCAACCAGUCUCACUAUCUGAACUAAAUCAUGUUAUAUUAACAUAUGCUGGAGUUGGUGCUGAGUUUAAAUCUACUUCAGUCAUAGAAGUUGAUGGAGUACCACCGUUAUUAAGAAAUGUGUCAAUAUUACAUUCUGCAUAUAAUGGAAUUAACAUAACAACAUCAGAUUCCAUACUAGAUUUACAAGACUGUAUUAUUAAAAAUAAUAGAGGACAUGGUAUUUUUAUGAAUUCAUCUUUUGGUCAAUUAAGUUUAAUAAAAACGUUGGUGUCUAACAACAAAGGAGAUGGUAUACAUAUGGUUCAAGGCAAUGUCAAUCGCGAUCUCAUGAAUAAUGUUAAUGAAUUAUGUUCUCUUCCAACAACAACUAGUCAAACAUUUCCUGUGCUUGUUUCUGUGCAACAAAAUAGUUAUAACGCUAAACAAAUUAACUGCUACAAGAGUUUAUUCACUAAAAUUGGACAAGUUUUAACUGUUAACAUUGAACAUACCCGUUCUCAACAUUUUGACAAUAAUUCAUUCAUAUACAUUUAUGAUGGAGAAGUAUCAACUCCUGAUAGGCUUUUAGCUACUAUUUCUGUACUUAAUAAUACAGUACCACAAUCAGUAACAUCAAGUCGUAACAACAUAUUAAUUCAAUUUUCUGCACCAGCUAGAACAAAUGUAUUUGGUCUUCUUAGGGUAACUUCAGGAUUUGUAAAAUGGCAUAGUAUUAAUAUAUCUGAAAGUAUUCUAUCUGAUAAUAUUGGCUCUGGAUUAUUUGUUGAGAAUUUAUAUAGUGCUGUGUCAAUAUUCAACUCUUCUGUGCACAACAACAGUGGAAGUGCUGGAGUCAAUGUUUUUAAUGGUUCUGCUGACAUAACUAUAUUAGGUUCAGAAAUUGUGUAUAAUAACGGAUUUGGAAUUUUAACUAAUACUAAUGGUGGAGUACGUAAUGUUACAUAUUCAUUAAUCAAGUCAAAUUCAGGACCAGGAAUAGCUGUUCGGUUAUUAGACAAAACAAUCAGCAAUGUACCUCAGAAAACAAUUUUAACAUAUUCUCAGAUCAAUAACAAUACAGUAGAAAUUGAUGGAUGGUGUCAUGGCAAGUCACAGAUAAAUGUCACAGGAAAUGUUUUUAGUUUUAGCAUUUAUGCAUUAGAAAUAAAAUCAUGUAUUGAGCGACAAGCUACUACAACUCAUGUAAUUAUAUCGUAUAAUGAAUUUUUUAAUAAUAAAAAGUUGGCAGUACUUAUAAGACCAAUGCUUAACAUGGAUGCAAUUUUGGAGUUCAAUCGAUUCAAAAAACAAGAGUAUGGUUGCAUAUUAAUUAGAAAUGAACAUUUUGAUGAAGAUUUUGAUGAAUCGCCAACAACUGCUUUACUGAGAUAUAAUGAAUUUUACGAUAACAGUGGAAGCUAUGUUGUUAAUUUAGGACUAAGUACUUAUAGCCAACUACAUAAUUUGCUAUUCACGUGGAAUUAUUUAAAGAACAAUAAAAUAACUCAACCUUUUAAGUUGGUUUCAAGAAAUAAAGUGGCGGCAGUAAUUGUUGUUGCUUCUUCUAAUAUAAUUGUCAUGAGAAAUAUUAUUGAAAACCCGUUAUCAAAUUAUGAAAUAGGAGUACAACUUGAAGAUCAAAGUCUCAUAGUAAACACUACUUAUAAUUGGUUGGGAAACACUGAUGAUCAUUUUAUUAUAAAUAGAUUAUUUCACAGGCGUGAUCGGUAUAAUUUGGCUAAAAUUGAAUUUGUUCCCUUCUUGUUACAUCCUACAAAUCCUGGUACUACGUCAAUAAUGACUGUUUCUACAGUUAUAACCCAAUUGUAUAAAGAACCCAAUGAUUUUGGUGGAGAAGUUGAUGGUGUAGAAACCGUAUAUAGUGGUGAUAUGUUGUUACAAGAGACAUUAAUGUGGCGUCUAGUGGAAAAUUAAUUAUUCAUCCUGAUGUCACUUUGAAAUUUAAUCCAGGUGUUGGCAUAAUGGUAGCUGGUAAAUUAGAAGCUCGUGGUAGAGGUUUUGGUAAUAUUAAAUUUACAUUAAAUGAACCUCCUGUUCCUGUGAUUGAGGAACCAAUUGAAACUGUUAGUGUAAAUACUAGAGUAAAGUUGGUUGCUGGAA